AGAGAGCAAAAUUAUGGUAAAUUGAGAGUUGGGAACUGCCCCCCUAUUAAGAAGCCGGUGGUGGAGAGAAUCUUCCCACUUGGAAGGAAGUUUUUCCUCCUUGGACAUCUGCUGGUGGAGCGCGCAGGAGGCAGAGAGGAAAGAAGGUGCGCACAAGGAGGCUUCACCCAAGGCACAUUCGAAUUCUCAUCUUUUCAUCUUUUGGCUUCUUCAAUAGACCCAUUGAUGCCCUGCUAACCCCCAAGGUCUAAAAAUGAAGAAAGGGCUGUGUCUGGCCACAGCUGCCUUGUUUGCAGCUCUGAUAUCCUCCAUCGAUGCUCAAGUGGAUCCCCCCUCGGACUUGAACUUUAAAAUUCUAAAUGAGAACACAGUGGAAAUGUCUUGGGUAAGGCCCUCGACAAGAAUAGAAGGCUUCAGAGUACAAAUUACUUCAGAAGCAGAUGAACCAACAAGAGAUUUCGCCCUUAAUUCUUAUACUACGUCCACAUCAAUCACUAACCUGACCCCUGAUUUGGACUACUCAGUGUCCAUCAAUUCCUAUUAUGGAUCUGAGGAGAGUAUUCCCAUCUUUGGUCGACUCACAAUCCAAUCCAGUAACUCCACUGGACGAGUUCGAAGGCCACCGUCAGAUGCAAUAAAGUGCUCAGUCAGUGCCAUUGCAGAUUUGGUUUUUCUGGUUGACGGCUCAUGGAGCGUGGGCAGAGACAACUUUAAGCACAUCCGUAGUUUUAUCGCUAGCCUGGCUGGAGCCUUUGACAUCGGCGAGGAUAAAACUCGAGUGGCAGUGGUACAAUACAGUACGGAUACUCGCACAGAGUUCCCUCUGACACGUUACACCAGGAGAGGAGAUCUGAUCCAAGCCAUCAACUCACUUCCAUACAAGGGAGGAAAUACGAUGACAGGUGAUGCCAUUGAGUACUUGCUACAAAACAUCUUUACCGAGGAAACUGGAUCCAGGAAAGUUUUUCCAAAGAUAGCCAUGAUCAUCACUGAUGGAAAAUCUCAGGAUCCAGUGGAGGAGCAUGCUAGAAGACUUAGGAAUAUUGGAGUGGAAAUAUUUGUCCUAGGUAUCAAAGGUGCAGAUGAUGUUGAACUUAGAGAAAUGGCUUCCACUCCGUACGACAAACAUGUGUACAAUGUAGCCAAUUUUGAUAUGAUCCAAGAUGUCGAGAGAAAGAUCAUCUCAGAAGUGUGCUCUGGUGUUGAUGAGCAGCUCAGCGUUCUCGUUAGCGGUGAAGAAAUGGUGGAGCCGGCGUCCAACUUGCAAGUGACGGAAAUUGCAUCAAAGUCAAUGAGGGUGACGUGGGAUGCUUCACAGGGAUAUGUCACAGGAUAUAAGCUUGUCCUGGUUCCCAUGUUGCCUGGCAUUAGUCGUCAAGAAUUGUACAUAAGCGUGAUGCAGAACUCCAUCAAUGUUCGUGAUCUCGCUCCUGAUACCGUGUACGAGAUAAGCCUAUAUGCCCUCAAGGGUUUGACACCGAGUGAACCCGUCAUGGUUACGGAGAAGACACAGCCCGUCAAAGUGAGAACAGAAUGCUCGCUGGGAGUGGAUGUGCAGGCUGACGUGGUUCUGCUGGUGGACGGUUCAUACAGUAUUGGAUUACAAAAUUUCGCCAAAGUCCGUGCCUUCUUGGAGGUACUGGUCAAUUCCUUUGACGUUGGCCCCAACAAGGUCCAGCUUAGUUUGGUCCAGUACAGUCGAGAUCCACACACUGAGUUUGCGCUCAACAGCCAUCAUGACAUUAACGCCGUUGUCAAAGCUGUCCGUACUUUCCCUUACCGUGGAGGUUCCACCAACACUGGCAAGGCUAUGGCCUACGUGAAGGACAAGAUCUUUAAUACCAACCGUGGUGCGAGAGACAAUGUCCCCCGUGUCAUGGUGCUGAUCACGGAUGGAAAAUCAUCAGACUCUUUUAAGGACGCAGCAACCAACCUGAGAAAUAAUGAUGUGGAAAUCUUUGCUGUGGGUGUGAAAGACGCAGUGAGGUCAGAGCUGGAAGCAAUCGCCAAUGAACCAUCAGACACUCACGUCUAUGAGGUGGAAGACUUUGAUGCCUUCCAGAGGAUUUCUAAAGAACUUACCCAGUCCAUCUGUUUGAGGAUUGAACAGGAACUUCUCAAGAUUAAAAAGAAGAGUCUGCUUCCACCUGAAAACUUGGAAUUCUCUGAGAUUACCUCCCGCAGCUUCCGCACAACGUGGACUGCACCUAUUUCCGAUGUUUUGGGUUACCUGGUGCGAUUCCGUAAGGCUGAAGAUGUUACCGGAGACUAUGUUACAAUGGCAGUUCCCCGUGAGACGACUACUGCUAUUCUGCCACAUCUUACGCCCCUCACUACAUAUGAGGUCAAUGUCUUUGGGCAAUAUGAUAAGGGGGAUAGUUUCCCUUUGACUGGUGAAGAAACUACCCUUGAAGAGAAAGGGAGGGUACGGAACUUACGAGUUACGGAGGAAACUACGAGCAGUUUCAGGGUAUCUUGGAAACCUGCUCCAGGAUCGGUUCUCAGAUACCGCCUGACGUACGUCCCACUUAGUGGUGCUGGGGAAAUAUUGGAGGCCCAAACUAUAGGAGAUGAGACUACCAUUGUUCUUGAGGAACUUUUCCCCAUCACCACCUAUCGUGUGUCUGUGUCGGCUGAGUACAUCACAGGCUUGGGGGAUGAAAUGCAAGUGGAUGGUACAACCAAAGAAGUAAUUGGUUCUCCUCGAAACCUCCGGGUGUUUGAUGAAACCAUCAAUACCAUGAGACUAACAUGGGAGGCUGCUCCAGGAAAUGUUCUCCAAUACAUCAUUGCCUAUAAACCUGCCGAGGCAGGCGAGAGGAGAGAAGUCACUAUCAGAGGAGAUACAACCGAGGCUUUGCUUCAGAACCUCCAACCAGAUACUGAAUAUGAGCUGUUUGUCAGCGCACGUUAUACUUCGGCUUUGGGUGAUCCUCUUCUUGGUACAGGAACAACAUUAGAAGAACUUGGCUCACCCAGAGAUCUAGUGACCAAAGAUCCCACAGACACCACUUUUAUUGUAUCUUGGGUUGCGGCCCCGGGUAAGGUCCGUCAGUACCGGAUCACCUGGCAGUCUAUGUCGGAGUCUGGGGAAAAGAGAAUUCCAGGAGAGUUGACAUCCACGAUUCUGGAUGGUCUCACACCAGAGACACGUUAUCAGGUGUCUGUGUAUGCUGUUUAUGGUCACGGUGCAGGUCAACCAUUAGCUGGAGAGGAAACCACAGAUAUCUCGGAUGCUGCAAGAGUGAUCGGUGUCUCAGAGGAGACGGAGAAGAGCAUGAAGGUGACAUGGCAGCCAGCACCUGGAAAUGUGGUCAACUACCGUGUUACUUAUAAACCGCAGUCUGGAGGGCGCCAGCUGGCAGCCAAAGUCCCCGGUGGCAAUACCACUACCGUGUUGAGACGCCUUACUCCCCUCACCACCUAUGACAUCAUUGUCGUGCCAGUAUAUCGUUCCGGAGAGGGCAAAGCAAGACAAGGCGCAGGAACAACAUUGACCCCCUAUAAAGGUCCUAGGAAUCUCCAGACUUCAGAACCAACAAAAACCAGUUUCCGCGUAACAUGGGACCCUGCACCUGGUCAGGUGAAAGGUUACAAAGUGAUUUUCCACCCUAAAGAGGAUGAGAUUGACCUGGGAGAGCUUGUAGUUGGCCCCUAUGACAACACCGUGGUACUGGAGGAGUUAAGAGCUGACACAGAAUACAAAGUGAAUGUGUUUGGCGUGUUUGAGGGAGGAGAAAGUAUGCCUUUGGCUGGAGAAGAGAAAACCACACUCACAAGUGGACCCGAGCCACCUCCUAUUGAACUACCAGAUGUGAUGUGUAAGACCAGUGCGCAGGCUGACAUCGUGCUUCUUGUCGAUGGCUCCUGGAGUAUCGGACGUCUUAACUUUAAGACGAUCCGUUCUUUCAUCGCUCGCAUGGUUGGAGUCUUUGACAUCGGCCCCAAUAGAGUCCAGAUUGGUCUUGCUCAGUACAGCGGAGACCCGAAGACUGAAUGGCAUUUGGAUGCUCACCCAACCAGGGAAUCCCUCUUGGAUGCAAUCUCUAACCUUCCCUACAAGGGUGGAAACACCUUGACAGGUCUGGCUUUGAACUACUUGCUCCAGAACAAUUUCAAAGAAAACGUUGGCAUGCGACCCAAUGCCCGCAAAAUUGGUGUGUUGAUCACUGAUGGCAAGUCCCAGGAUGACGUCAAUGUCAACUCUCAGAGACUGCGCGAAGAGGGCAUUGAGCUUUACGCCAUUGGUGUAAAAAACGCUGAUGAGAAUGAGCUGAGGUCCAUUGCAACGGAUCCCGAUGACAUUCACAUGUACAACGUGGCUGACUUCUCCUUCCUGCUAGACAUUGUGGACAAGCUCACUGACAACCUUUGUAACAGUGUAAAAGGACCAGGAGGUCCGCCUGAUGCGCCAACUAAUCUGGUAACAUCUGAGGUGACUCACCGUUCUUUCCGAGCCACGUGGACUCCCCCCGAGGACCCAGUGGAAAGAUUCCGUGUGCAAUAUGAGUCUGAAUCAGGAAUCACACAACAGGUGUUUGUGGAUGGCACUCAGAACACAGUGGUACUUGAGCAACUCGACCCCCUGACCGAGUAUCUGGUUAACGUCUACUCUGUGGUGGGAGAAGAGAUCAGCGAGCCACUAAAUGGCGUCGAGACCACAUUGCCCCUGCCUGGUGUAAGACGGAUGGACAUCUAUAAUGAACAGAUGACCACAAUGAGAGUGAGAUGGGAGCCGGUACCAGGUGCUACAGGCUACAAGUUGCUCUACAGCGCCAUCAAUGCCACGGAGCCUACACUUGAUCAGGAGAUCAUCGUGGCUGGUGGCACAACUGAUGCCCAGCUCGUGAAAUUAUCACCCAACACGGCCUACACUGUGUCCAUCUUGGCCCUACAUGGAGAAGGAGCCAGUGAACCACUGAGACAAAAGGGAGUCACCUUGCCCCUGCCACCCGCGGGUGAACUAAGGGUCCAGGAUACCACUCAUAGCACCAUGAGGCUCAUCUGGGAUGCUGCUCCCGGUCCUGUCCGCAAGUACAUCAUCACCUACAAGCCGGAGUCUGGAGAACCAAAGGAGCUGGAAGUGGAUGGAUCAAGGACCACUACAGUACUAGAUAACCUGAUCUCACAGACCGAGUAUACCCUGUCUGUUACCCCAAUCUAUGAUGAAGGUGCUGGUCAGACCAUGCCGGGCGUGGGAAUCACUGAUGUGGUUCCUCCUCCAAAGAACCUUCGAUUCUCAGAGAUUACCCAGACCAGUUUUAGAGCCACCUGGGAGCAUGGAGCUCCUGAUGUGGCUCUCUAUCGCAUUGGCUGGACCAAGAAGGGAGACACCAACAUCCAAUAUGCAAUUCUGAAUAACGAUGAGACGACCCAUGUUCUGGAGAACCUGGAACCGGACACCCCCUAUGAUGUGUCCGUCACCGCCAUCUAUCCAGAUGAGUCUGAGAGCGAAGACCUGCUUGGCACUGAGAGGACAUUGCCCAGGAGAAGUGUUCCGUCACCUCUUGCUCCUCCUACCAACCUGGUUGUGUACAAUGAAACAAUCACAACCCUGAACGCCAGAUGGGAUCCAGCUCCAGGCCGUGUCCAGAACUACAGGAUCACCUACGUUCCCACUUCCGGAGGCAGGACCCAGACUGUCCAAGUUGGAGGAAAGAAGACCACUCUCUUCAUGCCCAAGCUAACCCCUGACACUGAAUAUUCCAUCAGUGUGGUGGCUGUUUACCCCCGAGGAGUCAGUGAAGAACUGAUUGAACUUGGCAGGACCAAGCCUCUGGGUGGUGUCAGGAACCUGCGGGUCACUGACCCCACUACCAGCACCCUGAAUGUUGAUUGGGAGCCUGCUGAUGGCAACGUGCGACAGUAUAGAGUCUUCUAUCAACCUGCAGCUGGAGGCCGGGAAGACAUGGUCCAAGUAUCAGGCAACACUUACAACACAGUUCUGAAGAACCUCGACUCUGAUACCAUCUACACUGUGACUGUGGUUCCUGUUUACUCUGCUGGAGAAGGACAACGCAUGUCAGAAAAUGGCAAAACAUUGUACGAGAGGGAUGAUCCGUCGUCCGAGAGCGGUGAUCCGUUGUCAGAGAGCCGUGAUCCGUUGUCAGAGAGCCGUGAUCCGUUGUCCGAGAGCCGCGAUCCGUUGUCCGAGAGCCGUGAUCCGUUCACCGAGAGCCCCGAUCCGUUCACCGAGAGCCCCGAUCCGUUCACCGAGAGCCGCGAUCCGUUGCCAGAGACCCGUGAUCCGUUGUCCGAGACCCCUGAUCCGUUGGAGCGUCGACCUGUCCGGAACAUCCAAGUAUUCAAUCCCACAACCAACAGUCUGAACGUACGUUGGGAGCAUGCCACAGGACCAGUUCUGCAGUACCGGGUGGUCUACUCCCCCGUGUCUGGUGCCAAGCCUGCUGAAUCGGUUAUGGUACCAGGGACUUCCACCACGGCAUUGCUGCCAGAUCUGAUUCCAGAUACUGAUUACAACGUUGCAGUUGUUGCUGUAUACAGUGACGGUGAAGGAGAAACCAUCGCUGACAACGGCAAAACACGUCCUCGCGGCGGCCCCAGGGACAUGGUUGUGUACGACCCUACGACCUCCAGUCUCUCUGUGAGCUGGGAACAUGCUGAUGGCCCAGUCACGCAAUAUCGCAUCACCUAUGCCCCAACCACUGGAGACCCCAUUGAAGAAUAUACGACAGUCCAAGGGAACAGAAACAAUGUGGUUCUGCAGAACCUGGAUUCAGAUACCCCUUAUCACAUCAAAGUGACUGCCAUCUAUGCUGAUGGACCAGGAGGAGAACUGGAAGGAGAUGGUCGCACAGUGGCUAUGCUUGGACCCAGGAACCUUCGCGUUUCCGAUGAAUGGUACACCCGCUUUAAGGUCUCCUGGGACCCAGCUCCAUCAAGGGUUACCGGAUACAAGCUUAUCUACCAGCCUGAAGGCUCUGAUCAGUCUGAAGAGGUUUUUGUUGGCGAUGUCACUACCCACCAACUGAAUAACCUGACACCCGGAACCACUUAUGAUGUGAAAGUGUUGGCGCAGUACAGCACCGGGAUCAGUGGACCUCUGAUUGGCCAGGGCACCACAUUGUACCUGAAUGUGACAGACUUGACAACAUAUAACGUGGCCUAUGACACCUUCUGCAUUCGAUGGGCUCAGCACAGAGCCGCAACGUCCUACAGGCUUAAAGUCCAACCGGUUGAUCCCUCUCAAGGUGGAGCUCAGGAGAUCACAGUCAGAAGCAGUGCGAGUGAUUACUGCUUUGACGGUUUGACACCUGACACCCUCUACACUGCCACUGUGUACACUCAGACACCCAGCAUGGAAGGGCCUGGGGUGGACACGAAGGAGCGAACAUUGGUUAAACCCACUGAAGCGCCAACCGAGCCACCACCUCCUCCUCCACCAGCAACAGUUCCAGCAGCAUUGGAUGUCUGCAGAGGUGCUAAGGCCGAUGUGGUCUUCCUCAUUGAUGGCUCUUGGAGUAUCGGAGAUGAUAGUUUCCACAAGGUCAUCCAGUUUGUCACAAGCAUGACCGGUGCUUUUGAUGUCAUCAGUCCGACUGGCAUGCAGGUUGCAUUUGCGCAGUACAGCGAUGACGCUAAGACUGAGUUCAAGCUCAACACAUACCAUGACAAGGGGGUCGUCGUUUCGGCUUUGAAGAAUGUUCGCUACAGAGGAGGAAACACCAAGACAGGCAUUGCGCUGAAGCAUGUCUACGACAAGGUGUUCACCUCUGACAGUGGAAUGAGGAGGAAUGUUCCUAAAGUUCUUGUGGUUGUCACCGAUGGACGCUCCCAGGAUGAUGUCAAGAAGAACGCCCUACAGCUGCAACAAGCUGGCUACAGUGUGUUUGUGGUUGGCGUAGCCGAUGUGGACAUGGCAGAGUUGAGAAACAUUGGCAGCAAGCCCAGCGAAAGACACGUGUUUGUGGUCGAUGACUACGAUGCUUUCGACAAGAUCCAGGACAACCUGAUCACCUUCAUUUGUGAAACAGCUACCUCCACUUGCCCUCUGAUUUACAUGAAUGGAUACACCACACCUGGAUUCAGGAUGCUUGAGGCUUUUAACAUCACAGACCGCACGUUCGCUGGAAUGAAUGGUGUGUCCAUGGAGCCGGGCUCAUUCAACAGCUACAUUGCCUACAGGCUGCAUAAGGAUGCCUACAUAAACCAGCCAACCAAGGAGAUCCAUCCAGAUGGUCUUCCCCCAUCCUACACCAUCGUCCUCCUCUUCCGACUUCUACCCGACACACCUUCUGAUCCUUUUGAUAUUUGGCAGAUUUCCGACAAAAACAACAAUCCGGAGGUCGGCGUCACCGUCAAUCCUUCAAGCAAAACAAUCACGUUCUAUAACAAGGACACCCGAGGAGAGAUCCAGAGAGCCAUAUUUAAUGAGGAACAAGUGAAGCGCAUUUUCCAUGGCAGUUUCCACAAGCUCCAUAUCACCGUCUCCCCGGAGAAAGUCAAGCUCAAUUUGGACUGCCAAGAGGUGGGGGAGAAGCCCAUCAAGGAGGCCAGCAACAUCACGUUGGAGGGAACCGAAGUGCUUGGCAAGAUGGUCCGCUCGGGAAGGAGGCAGUCUGCAACGUUCCAGCUCCAGAUGUUCGAUAUUAUCUGCAGCUUGAGUUGGAUCAGCCGAGACAAAUGCUGCGAUCUGCCAGCCACGCGAGAUGAGGCAAAAUGCCCGGCCCUCCCCCACUCCUGCACAUGCACGCAAGAUAGCAUCGGCCCCCAGGGUCCACCCGGUCCUUCGGGCGGCCCGGGAACUAAAGGACCACGAGGAGAUCGAGGCGACCCAGGCAAACCUGGUCCAGGGGGACCACGUGGUGACUCAGGACCUGUCGGCCCAUUGGGACCCCCAGGUCCUCAAGGUCCUAACGGACUGUCUCUACCUGGAUCACCUGGUCGCCCUGGACCAAAGGGAGAUCGCGGAGACCAGGGUCUAGGUGGCCUGCAAGGUUCUCCUGGACCACGUGGUCCUCUGGGUCCUGUUGGACCAAGCGGAGUGCGGGGGCCACCAGGAAAGGAUGGAGGAUCUGGACCCAGAGGCCCGCCAGGGCCAAUGGGAAAUCCUGGAACUCCAGGUGCACCAGGAGUUACCGGGAAACCAGGAAAAUCAGGAGACUCAGGACGCCCAGGACCCGCUGGCAUUAAAGGAGAAAAGGGCGAGCGGGGAGACUUUGCAUCCCAAAACAUGAUGCGUUCCAUUGCGAGACAAGUUUGCGAACAGCUUGUGAACAGUCAAAUGAGUCGAAUUGACCAGAUGGUCAACCAGAUUCCUUCCGGCUACCGUAGCAACAAUCCAGGGCCAGCGGGUCCACCUGGCCCGGCCGGCGAACCGGGAACCCGUGGAGAGCCAGGACAAGGCGGACGACCUGGCUUCCCAGGAGGUUCCGGGUUACCUGGAAGUCCAGGAGAAAGAGGUACGCCAGGUGAGAAGGGAGAGAGAGGAUCUCCAGGCACAGGUGUCAGAGGACAAAGAGGUGCAACCGGACCACCAGGACCACAAGGAGAGUCCAGAACGGGUCCCCCGGGUCCCACUGGCUCUUCAGGCGCUCGUGGCCCUCCAGGUCGUAAUGGUAAUCCCGGGGUGAGGGGACCACCAGGACCCCAAGGAUACUGCGACUCCUCUCAGUGUGUUGGCAUCCCUUACAACGGACAAGGAUAUCCAGGUUGGGCAUAGUCAAUUCUCAGAAUCGACUAUGCUCCUUUAAAGUUUCAAGUCCUGUUUCUCAGACCUUUGCCUAUUUGUUACAGGGCUUUACUAAAGGUGCACAUGGACAUGACUAAUGAACAUUAAAACAAACAAUUACAAAAAAAACGCCAAAACCCAGAAUGGAAGUGGACUGGCACUAACAUCAUCUCACAGCUAUAAGCUACCGUGAUGGCAACCUGCUGGCCUGUUUGCAUCUUGAACCGCAAAAACCGCUGGGAACACAAAAACAGAGACAGAGCAUUCCUACCAAGGAAGGAGCAUGUACAAACACCACCCAACACAACUACUAACAAAGAGGAUUUCAUAAUUGUGUACGUGUAGAGGUGAGACUGUAAAUAAAACUAAUGUUGUGCUAUGUAAAUGAUUUAUGAUCCCCGGACACUUCACUAAAUCCAAGUUAACGUCUGUACUGAGCUUAUGCCUUAUAACCCUCCUGGCUAACUUACUUACACCAGCAAUAACCUCUGUUUACAAAGUGACCAGACUGAAGCAUGUUCCGUUUGUACUUUUAACCAUUAUAUUUUUAUUUUGUGUGUAUGUUGGAGAAAUUGGUGCUCAGUGUUGCUCUCUUGCCGGUUUAGUGUAGCGCAGUUGUUGUUGUUUUUUUAAAAGCUUUAUUGUGCAAGAACUUGAGCUAAGAAUAAAGUCAUCAUAGUAGGAGAAGGAAAAAGGGAAAAUGAUUAAAAGUGGUUUUCUUACAGGAAUAAAGUUGUAAUAUUGAGUGAAAGUUAUAUAAACCCAAAAGUUUCUAGAAGGGCCAGCGGCCUCUUGAGAUUAAUUGCAUCAAAUAAUUAAAUAUUUGUUGAUUAUUACCCCCAAUUGGGUGUUUUUAAUUUAUUUACCGGUGUCGAUGUUCCAAACAUUGACGAUUUCAUUCUCAAUGACAUUAUCCUCAACAAUUCAAUUUUGGUUGCCAUUUUACAACUUUAUUCCAGCAAAAAUGACUUUUAAUUCAUUCUCAUAACUUGCAACAUUUUUCACACAUAUUCCAUUUUUUUUUCUUGUAAUAUUUUAAUUUUUUUCUCAGUAUAUAUAUACUCUUUUCUUUUCUGAGGCUAAUACUCCUUUGUGUAAAAGUGAUCACAGGGCAGUUUACAACAAAACUAUGUGCAAUACCAUUUGAUUUUUAAUUUGGCCGCAUAUUUUCUAUAGCCAACACCUACCAGCGUGAACCGGAGGUAGCGUCUUUAUCCGUGGAGCCGGCUGGAGCAAUUGAGACAGUACAAUCAUCAGGUUACACGCGAAACCAGCGAAGAAAGCGAUCGCUUCCAAAAGGCGAUACAGAGACACUAGCAUCAUAGCUACCACGAGGAGUCCUUAGAGUGUAGUAUUUACCUAACGUUGAUGAUCCAUUUAUGUGAGGAUAAAAUGCUAUUCAGAACAUAUGUAUAUGGGUUUGAUACCCAUAAUUAUAUUGAACGUAUAUUGUUUUGACAUGAGAACUUAGCAAUACAAGGUCACUCAUCACGCUUAGUGCUCCUUUUUUUUUUUAUCUGAUUCCAAUGUUGAAUGCAUUUAUCCUGUAAAAAAAUGCAGAAAGUCUUCCACCAGAUGGACUUUUAAUUCAAUGUAAAGCUGUUGUAGGAAUUCCAUGAGAUUAAAAAGGUCUCGUAAUUCUAUCCCGUAAAGGUUUCUGCAUCUUAUUUGGCCUAUAAAACCAAAUAACAGUCUGACUUGUAAAGCAGCAAACUUUUCCAUCAAAUGUUUUUUUUUCUGCUACCAGAUGUGUAAUUUGCAUGUUUGUGUUGUAUAAUUUACUGAGAAUUUGUAAGUCAGAAUAUAGUUGUGUUCUAUCAAUGCAGUUAGAUUUGGAUGCAAGACUAUGGGUCAUAGAAUUGCUGUUCUCAUGUUUUAACUGCACAUAUGUUGUGAAUUCCCCACAGCCUUAUUUUCUUAUUUAUUUCUCGAAAAAAAAAACAGAAGAGGCAUUUUUCAAUAAAACUACUGAAAAUGUU